CCAAUGAAAAGAUCUGAAAAAAAUAGUUUAACUCUCAUUGGUUCGUAACAACCGCUCAUAAUCAAAGAGCGUGAGAUUAACCAAACUAAAACUGCAGCAGCAGCAGCAUUAUCAUCAUCAUUUAUGGAUAAAUGAAUGAACAAAUCAAUCAUCGUCAUCCUCCUUGAGUUUUACUAAAAUUCGCAACCACCAUUGGCAUACAUUUUUAGCGGCGACGAGCAUCCAUGAGUAUAUUUUUUUAGCGGCGACAAACUUCCUCCUUCAUUGUGUAUGUAACAGAAACAGCAGCAACGAGUCUCAGAGGUUUCUUGCAGAGAAGAUUGAUUUUUGUUAAUCCAGUUAUACAUUUGAUGGUAUUCUUUUUGGCUUUAGAUCUGAUUGCACAUAUAAUAAUUGGGGUCAAUUUCUCUCUGUAAUUUAUACAGUAGUUUUGUUACUGAAAUGAGCUAACAUCAGGUUCAUAUACUUACUGUUGAAGCAAGAUUUUGGUUACAAAAAUGUAACCUCAAGUGCUAGCAAACAAAUUACAAAAAUAAAAAAAGAGAAGAAUAGGAAAACACUAAUUCAGAGCUAGUCAUUAGAGUAUUCAAAGUAAACAUCUUCAAUUCUGGAGUCGAUUUAAGUUUCAUCGUCUUCAUCUCUAAGGAUAUUGUACCAAGCUGUGGCAUGUGAAUUAGGCUUAUCUGAUAGGUAGAUAAAAGUUCAGCUGUCAAUAUGAAUCACAAUGGUGUUGUAUCUGUUUUACAUAAUGGGUCAAGUAAAGGAAUCACACAGCCAUUACUCAUUGCCGUAUCCCCAAUUCUUGAUUUUUUUAGCAUCGAGUCAGAAGGUCAGAGUUCUGUGACAAGCCAAUGUUCUGCACAUUCAUCCCCGUUCACACGGACAGACUCUUUCAAUUCUCCAAAAAACAUGCACACAUCAAUAAUCCAAUCACCAAGGGAUUGCUUAUUAUCUGGACCUGGUACCCCUCUGUCUCCUGCUUCCCAUAUUCAGCAUUCUAAUAGCAUAUGUCAGCGCUCUUCUGUGUUCUGCACCAGUUUAUACCAGUCAUCUUCAUCAAGCUCCGAAACUAAUAGGCAACUAGGAAAUUUGCCAUUCCUUCCAUAUCCUUCUACAUAUAGCCCUUCCGUUUCAGCUGUUGAUACAACAAAAUCUCCUCCUCUUCUCACUGGGGAUUUAAGCAGUCCAUAUGAUGAGGAACAUUCAUGUUCUCUGAUGAAAGACUUCUUUAAUAUGCCAGUAGAUGCUUCUGAUAGUAGCUUUCUUGGUUUGAAUUGUGCAAGUGACAACUUAGAUCUCACAGAGCAAUUGGAGCUACAGUUUUUGUCGGAUGAACUUGAUAUAGCAAUCACAGAUCACGGAGAAAAUCCAGGAGUUGAUGAAAUCUAUGAAAGUAGCAAAACACCUGAAGCUUCAUCAGAACCUGCUACAGGAUUCACAUGCAAUCAGAAUGUUGUCUCCGUGGUACCUUCCGUUGAUGUACUUUCAGGUCAGUCCUCUCCUUGUCCAGCUGCUGUGCACAAGCCAAGAAUGAGAUGGACGCCUGAGCUCCAUGAAUGUUUUAUAGAGGCUGCUAGCAAGCUUGGUGGAGCUGAAAAGGCUACUCCAAAAGCUGUACUAAAACUAAUGAAUGUUGAAGGUCUAACGAUCUAUCAUGUGAAAAGUCAUUUACAGAAAUAUCGAGUUGCCAAGUACUUGCCGGAGAAAAAAGAAGCGCUUAUAUUUGUUUCUGUAGAGAAGAAGGCUUCAUGUGAAGAAAAGAAAGCAGCUUCUAGUAGCAUUGAAAGUGAGAGCCGAAAGAAAGGGAAAAUGCAUGUCACUGAGGCUCUGCGCAUGCAAAUGGAAGUGCAAAAACAGCUGCACGAACAGCUCGAGAUGCAGAAGGCGAUUCAGAUGCGAAUAGAAGAACAUGCAAAAUAUCUGCAGCAGAUUUUGGAGGAACAGCAGAGAUCUGGCAGCACCCUAUUUUCUUCGCUCGAGCGCUUUUCAUCUCCACCUCGUGAUUCUGAGCCUUUGCAUCCUCAAUCAACAGAGCAUAAACCCGACUUUUUGUCACCUUCUAUAUCAUCACGAAAGAAAACAACUCGCAACAGUGACUUUGAGCGACAAGCAUCUGAUAAAAAGAUCCGUCUUGACGAAAUGGCAGAAUCAAUAAUACAAGCCGCUGAAGAAAAUUCAGUUCAAUAACGGCAGCUUCAUUAUUAGCACUUGCAAGUUCAUACAAUGUAAUGUAAGUAUUGUAGAACUAGGAAAUCUGUUGUAUAGUAGCAAUUGAUUGAUUGAACAGUGGCUUGAAUUCUGCUUUUCCGAUGCUAUUCACAUUUAAUAAAUCUAAUGAAAGUAUCGAUUUGUUUA